AGGAGGGUGGGUGGGAUCCAUGUGGAGGAGUUACCCUUUGGGGUGUGAGCUCUAUUCUGCAGGCUGUUGAGGAUGCAGAGUCAGGAGCACAUGGUCCUGCUUGGUGCGCCCCCUUCCCCUCCCCUCUCUCCCUGGGACACACUUCAGGGUCACACUCCCGUAGAACCUUGUGGCUGUGAUAGGGGCUGCACCGCACUAGGCACUUUACACAUUAGUCCCCCCAUUGCAACCCUAAUAAAUGAGCAUAACUGGGCCUGCUUCACAGAUGAGGACACCAAGGCUGAGACGGGGAAGCUUUUAGCCGAAGGUCAUGAUCUGACCCCCAAGUCCCCCAUGCUUCUCCCACUAGCGCUGAUAGGGUUCUUUGUCUGACAUCUCCCAUCCUAGGAAGCCCCCAAGCUCUGAGGAGUGCCUGCCAAGGGCACUGCAGUUGGGUUUGGAGGUGUCGGCAGGAUGGGCUUCUUCCAAGACCUGAGUUUCUGCCCCCACAGUGACCCCCUGAGAUGGGGCUCCUUCCCACUUUACAGAUGAGCAGACUGAGGCCCUGGGAGUCACGUGGCUAGUCCAAGGCUGAGGCAUAACAGCCUGGGUAGGGAGUCCCAUCUCCUUAUCAAUUCUUAUCUCAGGUUCAAGUCCCCUGAGAUUUGUGCAGAAGCUGACCCCCACAGCCCACCCCAGGGAGUGGAAAAGACUGGCAUUGGAAUCACAGACCUGAGUUCAAAUCCUGAUUUUGUCUUGUACAAAUGGUGUGAUCUUGAGCAAGUCAUUAAUUACUCUGAGCUUGGUUUCCUUAUCUAUAAAUGGAGAGAGCAGGCUUCUUUCAUUCAGUCAUUAACAGAUAUGUAAUAAGCACCUACUGGGUGCCUGAUGCCAGGGCUCUAAUGGAGAAUCCAGCCCUUUGCUCGGAGAACUCAGUCGAGGGAUAAAAGCAGCACUUAUGAUGCCAGUUGUGAUGAAGGAAGCCCCGGGGGGCUGUGGGAACUAAGAGGAGGGACCCCAACCAGACUAUUUUAGUUGGUAGAGGGAGGCAGGAGGGCGUGAGAGGAGAGCAGGGACCAGCAAUGCAGGACCCCAUGGGCUGGACUUCAGACGCCUGUUGUUGGAAUUUUCCCAGAUCAGUAGGGAGCCAAUGAAGGCUUUUGAACAGGAGCGUGCCAUGCUCAGAUUUUAGGUUUUAGAACUUGCUCAUCUUCUGCUGGGUGGAGGAUGGAUUGAAGGGGUGUUAAGAUUGGAGGCAUAGAGACCAGUCAGGAAGCUGAUUGAGAAAUUUAUCUGGGGUGAGGAAGGCGAUUGGAGCAGAGGAGGAGUAGUGGGAGGGUACGCAAAAGACCUUCAGGUGUGGGGAGGUGGGCAGCUGUGGAUGCUUGUGCAGGUCAGGGAACAGGGACAGAAGCAAUGUGGGAAUGGGCGGGCAGUGAGAGGUGAGUCCAGUCGUGGGCGCGGCAGAGUUGAGUUUCAGGUGCCAGGGAGGGGGUGGCUGGGAUGUGGUGGUUGGACAAGGUCAGCACAGAGAAGUUGCUAAGAGAAGCCUUGGGAGGGGCUGAGGUGCUGGGAGGGGCGGCCGGAAGAGGAGAGCAGAGGGCUGGGACCAGGACCUCAGGAAGGCAAAGGAGCUGGAGGGGAAGCACCCUGGGAGGUAGGAGGAAAACUGGUGUGUAGCUUCCGGCUCAAGAGUGGGAGUGGUCCCAGGAGGAAGGUGUCAGGACUUAGGUCUGCAGGAGACAACCCAAGUCACUCGUGUCAGGCGUUCUGCUUAGUGCCAGGUGCACAGCAGGGCCCAGGAGGGUGAGUUCCCACCCAUCUCUUCACUGGAAGCCAGACUGGUUGGGAAGGAGGGAAAGGGGAAAAAACAUUUGCAUACAUAACAAGGCUGGAGUGAAAGAGAGAGAAAGAGGGAGCAGGAGAUGAAAAGAAAUCACCAUACGCCAGGAUCUUGUUAUUCAACCCAAUUUUCAAAGGACCACAGCUGUCGCACUGAGAUAAUCUUAAUUAUAACAGCCAUUGUGCUGCACAGGCAAUGGCAGAGAACCCGAGGCUGGGGACCAGGUUAAAGGCAGGGGGUGGGAGCCGGCCUUUGGGGGGUUGGACCUAUGAGAGGAGGCAGGGACAGGCUAAGAGCAGUGUGUUGCUCUCAAGACUGAAAGGAAGACGCUGUCAGGGGUCAAGCCUCAUCCCUUUUUCUCUGUCAUUGCUACAUAUGACUGAUAAGCCACAGUAACCAUACCAGCAGCAGUCAACUUGACUGAGCACUUACUAUGUGCCCGACCCUGCUCUGUAGCUAUUCACUCUACCACCCUCUGAGGCAGUGCCCUUCUAGUCCUAUUUUACAGAAAAGGAGACUGAGACUCAGAGGUAAGAAGUGGCUUGCCAGGGCCACGCUGUUGGUUCAGUGGCAGAGCCGGGAUUUGAGCUGAAUCCCGGAGCCCUUCCAGGAGAACAUUAGGGAGGGCUGGUCUCUGUGGAUUGUCCACACUGACGUGGUGGUCACGCAUCCCGAGCCAUGGUUUCUGUGCAGCCAGCCGUCAUGGGGUGGUCCUCCCCCAGGCAUUUCCGGGGCUCCUCUUCAGGGACAGAGCUUCCUUGUUCUCAGAUGCCACAGCUGCAGGCCUCCGCAGGCUCCCCCACCUGCUCCAGAGAAACUAGUCUCAGCACCAGGAGAGGGACCCCGUGUGACCGCCUUGUUUGGGGUUGUGAUGGGCUGUGGUCCUGGGAGGGGUUCUCAGCCUGGCCCUGGUGGUCUAUGGGCCCUGGGUGCUGGGGCCUGGAGAAGCAGUGGGGAGGACAGGCAGGAGUCCCAGGUGAGCAGAGAGAAGGGAACCUGAAGUCUGUGGGAGGCCAUUCCAGAACCCCCAGAGCCCUUUGCUGCAAGCCCUGCUCUGGGAUGUGGCUUCAGCCGCAAAGGCCCUAGACCUCCUGGGGUCCACGCCAGCCUUGAUGGGAACCUCAGCCCAGGUUGGCUGGCAGUGUUUGAUGAGGGUGAUCAUUGUAUUUGGGAGUGAGUAACCCCCUAGCCCCAACGGGAGCCCCAAACUUGACCCAGCAACACAAGUAGCAUUGUUGAAGAGCCAGGGCCCCACAAGGUGACAGGCAAAUGUGGAGGCCAUCUGGGUGCUCCCCUGGCUUGGGGUUCCCAUCCCAGUGGGCCUGCUUGGAGCCAAAUGGGUGGAGGUUGUGGACAGGUCAGGGCGCCUUGAAGUUCAAUAGAACUGGUGACCACAGAGGCCGAGACUCAGCAGGUGUUUAGGACCAAGGAAUUGUAGAUACAGAGUAGAAUUCUUGAGCCCAGACUCAUCAUCAGGGACCCAGAGCCCCUGAACCAGGCAGGCAGGGAUGGUGGUACCUUUGGGUCCCAGACUGGGAGGCUCAUGGAGUCUCCCACACAGGCUGGGAUUCUAAUUGUCCCCACUCUGGGGUUCCCUCUGUUGCUGGCCUCGAAAACUCCAGUGCCCAGGGAGAACAUCAGCUAGAGAGCCAGGGAGGAGGGUGGGUCCACCUGGGCUUGGGACACCUGCUCUGUUCCUGAUGAGAUGCAGACCCUGAGCAGCCACAUCUCCCAGGGUUUUCAGUGGAUUCCAGAAAUGGGGAUUUUAAAAAUAAAAUCUUCCCAAGUUUUCAAUUUUGGCAACUAAUUCAAAAUUUUUUUUAAAAUGGCUGUCCAAAUGAAACAGGAUUCCACAGCAUCUCUUGACCAGAGCCUGAUCCCACAGAGGGUCAAAGCCACUGUGUAGCAGUUAUGAGACCUCAGUUUCCACCUCUGUAAAGUGGGAAUAAUAAUAGUACCAAUUUAUAAGGUUGUGCCAAGGACCAAAUGAACUAAUGCGAGAAGUGCUUAGACCCAGCCUAUAUAAGCCCAAGACUUUGUUUUCAUCUUGCCCCAGGCUGUGCCUCCCUCUCCGACAAGGCUGCCUCUGAAUGGGCCUCACGCUCUGUCACCCGGAGCCUCUGCUUCUCCUGGUGGGUCCCUAAUAUGCCACUCUGCCUUGGGACAGCCCUGAGGAUGUUGGAAGUCAGGGAAAUAUUCACCCCUUGGGUCCCUAGAAGAGGAGCAGGUGGAAGACGCAGAGCCAGGAGGGUGGGCCUAGCUGGCGCCUAGUACAUAGUAGGUGCUCCAUAAAUGUUUAUUGAAUGAAUGAAUGGAGGCCAUGCAGGCAGAGGCAGCCGCGCGUGCACAGGCACUGGUGAAAGAGCGGGUCCAGUGGAGACUGGAACCAAGUGACAGAUGGGUCUCUUCCUUCCUGCCCCCGUCUUACUUGCUCCCCCCUCAGAGCCCCACUCUCCAGCCUUCCGUGGGAAUCGUCUGAAGUUCUGAGCCCAGAGCCCAAGGAGGAAGGAGAGGAGGAGGAGGAGGGAGAGGAAGUGAAGCCCUGAGAGCCCGUGCACCUUCCCAGCAGAAGAGCAACGUGGGAAGCAGGCUGUGGGGACCCAAAUCCCCUUGGCCCCAGCCUGGCCCCAGUGCCCAGCGCCUGCUGGUAGCUCCCCGGAAGGUCCCCUGGCCGUGCCUGCCUCACCUGGGGCCUCUGUGCUGGGGGUCGCCCCCAAGAUGGUGGCGGCCCCAGGGAGGACUGUGCUGCCAGCCCCAGCCUCCCACCUCUAGGCCCCCUGUGCCCCUCACCCCAAGCCCAGCCAUGCUGCGCCUGGGGCUGUGUGCGGCCGCACUGCUGUGUGUGUGCCGGCCGGGCGCUGUGCGCGCCGACUGCUGGCUCAUCGAGGGCGACAAGGGGUACGUGUGGCUGGCCAUCUGCAGCCAGAACCAGCCGCCCUACGAGACCAUCCCGCAGCACAUCAACAGCACCGUGCACGACCUGCGGCUCAACGAGAACAAGCUCAGGGCCGUGCUCUACUCCUCCCUCAACCGCUUCGGGAACCUCACCGACCUCAACCUCACCAAGAACGAGAUCUCCUACAUCGAGGAUGGCGCCUUCCUGGGCCAGGCGAGCCUGCAGGUGCUGCAGCUGGGCUACAACAAACUCAGCAACCUGACGGAGGGCAUGCUACGCGGCCUGGGCCGCCUGCAGUUCCUUUUCCUGCAGCACAACCUCAUCGAGCUGGUGACGCCCGCCGCCUUCUCCGAGUGCCCCAGCCUCAUCAGCAUCGACCUGUCCUCCAACCGCCUCAGCCGCCUGGACGGCACCACCUUCGCAGGCCUGGCCAGCCUCAUGGUGUGCGAGCUGGCCGGCAACCCCUUCAACUGUGAGUGCGACCUCUUUGGCUUCCUGGCCUGGCUCGUGGUCUUCAACAAUGUCACCAAGAACUAUGACCGCCUGCAGUGCGAGUCCCCGCGGGAGUUUGCCGGCUACCCGCUGCUGGUGCCUCGGCCCUACCACAGCCUCAAUGCCAUCACCGUGCUCCAGGCCAAGUGCCGCAACGGCUCGCUGCCUGCCAGGCCUGCCAGCCACCCUACCACGCCCUAUGCCACCUACGCCCAGCGGGAGCCUGAUGAGAACUCGGGCUUCAGCCCCGAUGACAUCCUUUCAGCUGAGCCCCCGGCCUCGUCCACCACGGAUGCGUCCGCGGGGCCUGCCAUCAAGCUGCACCACGUCACCUUCACCUCGGCCACCCUGGUGGUCAUCAUCCCACACCCCUACAGCAAGAUGUACAUCCUGGUCCAGUACAACAACAGCUACUUCUCCGACGUCAUGACGCUCAAGAACAAGAAGGAGAUCGUCACACUGGACAAGCUCCGGGCGCACACUGAGUACACCUUCUGUGUCACUUCCCUGCGCAAUAGCCGCCGUUUCAAUCACACCUGCCUAGCCUUCACCACGCGGGACCCAGUCCCGGGCGACCUGGCGCCCAGCACCUCCACCACCACCCACUACAUCAUGACCAUCCUGGGCUGCCUGUUUGGCAUGGUCAUCGUGCUGGGAGCCGUGUACUACUGCCUGCGCAAGCGACGCACGCAGGAGGAAAAGCAGAAGUCCGUCAAGGUCAAGAAGACCAUCCUGGAGAUGCGUUACGGAGCUGACGUGGAGGCGGGGUCCGUGGUCCAUGCUGCCCAGAAGCUGGGCGAGCCCCCCGUGCUGCCCGUGUCCCGCAUGUCCUCCAUCCCAUCCAUGAUCGGGGACAAGCUGCCCGCCUCCAAGGGGCUGGAGGCUGGGCUGGACACGCCUAAGGUAACCACCAAGGGUAACUACAUGGAGGUGCGCACGGGCUCGGGCGGGGAGGGCAUGGCCCGGCCUGAGGAUGACCUCCCGGACCUGGAGAACGGCCAGGGCUCAGCCGCCGAGAUCUCGACCAUCGCCAAGGAGGUGGAUAAGGUGAACCAGAUCAUUAACAACUGCAUCGAUGCCCUCAAGCUGGACUCGGCCUCUUUCCUGGGGGGUGGCGGUGCAGGCGGGGACACAGAGCUGGCCUUCGAGUGCCAGUCGCUCCCUGCGGUCACCACCGCCUCCUCAGCCACCGCCCCUGGAGCACUGGAGCGGCCCAGCUUCCUGUCACCCCCCUACAAGGAGAGCUCCCACCACCCGCUACAGCGCCAGCUGAGCGCCGACGCCGCGGUGACCCGCAAGACCUGCAGCGUCUCAUCCAGCGGCUCCAUCAAGAGUGCCAAGGUCUUCAGCCUGGACGUGCCUGACCACCCGGCGUCGGCGGGGCUGGCCAAAGGCGACUCCAAGUACAUCGAGAAGAGCAGCCCUCUCAACAGCCCGCUGGACCGGCUCCCGCUGGUGCCCGCAGGCAGCGGCGGGGGCGGCGGGGGCGGCGUCCACCACCUGGAGGUGAAGCCCGCGUACCACUGCAGCGAGCACCGGCACAGCUUCCCGGCCCUGUACUACGAGGAGGGCGCAGACAGCCUGAGCCAGCGCGUGUCCUUCCUGAAGCCGCUGACCCGCUCCAAGCGGGACUCCACCUACUCGCAGCUCUCCCCCAGACACUACUAUUCGGGGUACUCGUCCAGCCCUGAGUACUCCUCGGAGAGCACGCACAAGAUCUGGGAGCGCUUCCGGCCCUACAAGAAGCACCACCGGGAGGAGGUGUACAUGGCCGCCGGCCACGCCCUGCGCAAGAAGGUCCAGUUCGCCAAGGACGAGGACCUGCACGACAUCCUCGAUUACUGGAAGGGGGUCUCGGCCCAGCAGAAGCUGUGACCCUCUCCUCCCCGGUGAGGUCGGAGCGGGAGGGCAGGGGGCACGCGGGGAAGGCCCUGGGCCGGGCGGGGGCGCGCGGCGGGGGCCGAGGCUGAGGAGUGGACGCACACGCACACCCGCACGCACGCACCCACGCACACACCUGACCACCACCUGACUGUGAACCACCACCACCCGACAAUAACGGACAGGAAAACAAAGACACGUUCUCCUUAAAGUUUACACACUGAUACCGAAACCAGGCGUCAUUACUGUGCUGCCCAGGGACACUGCUGGGGUGCGCAGGGCUGGGUGGGGCGGAAGGCAGAGGAUGAGCCAAAGGAGGGUGGGGCCUGGGGCCCUAGGACAGGUUAGGGAGCAAAGGAGCUUGGGGCAGAGAUGGACUGCAGCCAUUCUGGGGCUUGGAGGGGUUCCCCAUUGAGAGACAGGUCACUUGGAGAUUUAGCACCAGGUGGACACUGGGCAUUGUUUCCUCCCUUUAUGGAUGGGGAAACUGGGGCCCAGGGAAAGGAGAUGAUAACCCCAGGGUCUCCCGGCAAGUUAGAGUCACUCUCCCAACUUCCUAACUCAGUGCUGUCCCCCAGUGGCUCCCCUGGGGUCCCCAUCCUCUGUCCACCCACCACCCCUUUCCAGCUGUGGUCUCCUUAGGCUGAGGGACUUGAGAAUCAGGCGGGUACUUUUCCUUUCUCGAAAGCCCCAUGGCCAUGCCCCCAGAGUGUGGAGCUGUGAUUGAUCCUGCUAGGGGGGGCCCUUCAUCCCCCAGGCCAGCACCCAGGAGAGAUGGGAAGUCUUGCUGACAGGAAAGGAGCAGAGGCAUGGGGACGUUCCACCAGCCCCUUCAAGUGUCUUCCAAGUAGCCCGGGAGCUGCCUAUGCGGUCUGAGGAGCAAGGGUGGGCCACCUUUCAGAUGCAGGCCCCCUAGCUAUCUGGGCCUCCAGGACCCCUACUCAUCCCAGGAGGUCAGCAGGGAACUGUGAUGCCUGGGAGCAGCGGGGAGGUGGGGUGUAAUGGGGGCCUUCCUUCCUGUGCCCCCACUUCCUGGCCUCCCAGCUGCCUGACCCCCAUCAUGGGAUCUCAGGGCAGCAUCUCAGCCUGCCCAGAGGAAGGGGGGCUGUGCCGGGCUUUCCCACCCAGCCCCUCUUUGCUGCCCAUCCCUAAUUCACGCCAGGCCCGAGGGGCUCCCGUAUUUCCAUGGAAAUAUGGAGAUGUCCAGUCCCCUCUUGCUGACCUCCACCCAACAUCGAACAAAGCACAAACAGUGAGCACCCUUACCCCCUGCUGGUGGGGAACAUGCUGGGUUCGUGUGGCCCCUCCCUGUCCCUGGCCAGCUUCUGUCACCAUGGCAACCCAGAGCCUGGCAGUUGGGACCGUUGGGCUCCUGGGGGUUCUCCCAGUGUGGGUGACUGAGGGCGGUGAGGGAGGUCAGGGCCAGAUGGCAGCUGCCUUGCUCAUGAGCUAGGGGCUUCCUGGGCAGAGCUUGGGGGCAGGUUUGGGGUCUUGAGACUGGAGGUCUUGAACACUGUGCGAGUGCUGGGGCUGGAGUCAGUCAUUCCUUCACCUUUGGGUGGGAGGUGGGCCAGUGGGGGGUGGGACAACUCUAGCUUUGCCCACUUGCCAGUGUGCCCCUGGGCUCCGCACACACCUCAGGAUGGGCAGGGGCCUACUCAGCUCUUCCCACACCUCGGCCAGAGACCCCCAACCUCUGGCCUGUUACCCAGUUGGGUUUCGUGAGAUUUGGGGAAUGUGACUGCGGGGUAAGGCUGGGCCCUGGGGUAGGACCAAGACCUGUACUGUGUGAGGGGCUCUGACCAGGAAAGCCAUUGCCACCCCCUGGGUGGGGGGCUCCAGUGACCUUCCUGCCAGAGGGAGGAUCUGGGGGAAGACAGUGGAGGGCCAGGGGGCCUCAGGGCUCAACUGAGCACCUCUCUCACACCCACUUGGGGGACGGACCAAGCCUGGGGCUCAACUUUGGGGGUGACAUUUACAAAGAAAGGACUGUUCUCCUGGGGAGCGGAGGGGAGGGGGCCAGCAUGGAUAUGCAGAGCAGACCUCUCCCAACAUCCCCCAACCCUGCCCCCAGCCCCUCCUCACACCGAUUGGCAAAACUGAGGAAAGCAAGCAGGCGGAGAAGCCAGCGGUGUGAGAAAGCAGACUCUCCCUGUUAUAUUUGCAUGACAAUUUUCCUGUAUUUUUCUGAGCAAACAUCUGUCGUGUAUGUGCCGGUUUGUCCAGACUCCCUUGCCCCCCUCCCCACCGCCCCCCUUUUCCUACAUUCCCUCUGUUGUGAUCUGACAAGCAGCUCUUGACACCCGGGGAGGGGCCAGCUCUGCAGAAGACCCAAAACAGGUGCCACCCAAACACAGCCCCUGCCCCCCCCUGCAUCCUGUCUUUCUGGACUUUGGGCCCACAAGUGCCACCUCUCCUCUUCCCUCUGUCUCUCAUGUCCCCAGUUCCCUCCCAUCCGUCCUCAUCCUUGCCUCUUCCCUUCCUCCCUGCCAGGGAAGAACAGCUCUGGGAAAGGGAACAUGGGAAGGCCUCGCCCCUGUCCUGCUUGCUCCCAUUUUGCUGUUGAAGAAAUAGGGGCCCCCAAAGAGGGUGGGGCGUGGUGAUUUGGCUGCCAGGUGGGGUAGAGGGUCUGUCGCACUGCUGAGUACAGGAAGCCAGGAGCUUGGGGCUUCAUGGAGAGCUUUAUGGGGAGGCUUGGGGCUCUGAGGGAGGAACCCAUGAAAGGAAUGGGGGCCCGACGUUGGCCUGGCCUCAUAGGAUAUAGAGCUGCCCACAGGAGGGUUCUGGCAGCAGGAGCGGGAACCCCACCUUGCCAUUCCCGCAUCAUUCCUGGUUGAAGAUGACCUAUAAAAACCUCAGACUGUCUCAUUUUAAGAGUCUUUAAGGAUAGGUCCCCAUCUUAACAGUGAGGGUCUUACCACUCCAGAAAGUGAACCAACCUUCACACCAAUCUUUAGGGCAGAAUAUCUAGUUUCUAAAACUCAGGCCUCUGGAAUUCUCAGCCAGGCCAAAUCCCUCAGCUGCCCAGGCCAGGCCCCUCACUCUCGGGAAGUGUGCACUGCAGCCCACAUUGGAGGCUUUCCUGCAUCUGUGUCCUGGCUCCUUUUCUUCCCCCAGGAAAGAACAAAAUAUUCAUGAAAGACAAAUGGAUACUUAUGUCAAGGAGUCUGGCCGGCCUGGGGCCCCACGUUUAUAAUGGUGGUGGUCAUAGUGGACCUGGGCCAUGGCCUGGGCCGGCUGGAAGGGCAGGCAGCCAGGAGAGAAGGGAAGGGGAACCGGGUGGAGUUGAGGGGAGAAGCCGACUGGAGGAGAUGUGAGCUGCACCCUGGACCUCCUGUCACAGGCCUCCCUGCUUUGGCUCACGCCUGGGCUUGAUGUCCCUGUCAGAGAAUCUCCAGAGGAAAUUCCUGGGUUCCUGUUCCUGGGAAGUGGCACCGAUGGGUCCACUCUCUCCUGAAGGGUACGGCAGGUGUCACCAACCCUUUGUUGGAGCCAAUGGCCUUCCAGAAGCAAAAAUUAGAGGAAAGCUUAGUCUGGUGCAGAUACCUCCUCAGGGGUCCCGGGCUUGCUUCUCCCCUCUGCAGGAGGCCCCUUGCUUCUGCUCCCCUCCUAGGGGACAGUGCAGAAGAACUGUGUUCAGGCCGAAGAAAGGGUGUCUACGGGCUGGUGGGAGUAGAAAAGGCCAGUUGGGAAGAGUAGGCCUGAAUGGCCCUGAAGAAGCAGACGAGAGUCUGGGCCUGGCUAAGGGUCCCCAGUUCCCAACUGGAAGUCACUGGCCUGUUCCUCCUCCUGGAAAUUUAAGAGAGGGAAACCAAAGUGGAGGAAAGGAAAGAAAGGAAAUGUUCUAGGGUCUUGAAAUCAGCUAAGGACAGGCUGAGGCCAGGAAGGGGGCCAGGCAUGGGGGUCAAGAGGGACAAGUCCCAGCUUAUAAGGGGCCUUACAUGCAGUGAAGGGACAGCCACAAAAUGUUCCCUAGUGACGGCCACUGUGCAGAGAAUUAAAAUAGGGUGAUGGAGGAGGGAGGGGCUGGGGGCACUCCUCAGGGAGGAAGUGACCCGAAUGACGUGGGCCAGAGGACUAGCCCAAUGGCCACGUGAAAAUGGGAUUGGAGAGAGAGUGGGGUUAGGAGAGGCUGGAAGGACCUCCUCAGCUAACCCCCACCCUCCGAGCGAACCUGCCGUUUAGCAGAUCAUACCCCAUUCCUGGCAAAACAGGGCCCUCUCUGGGGUGGCAGAUGGGUGGGCAAAGCGUGGGGAAGCCCUGGGGCUGUCUGACCCCCAUGGGGGCUUCUGAGGUGGGGCUGAAGCUUGCCCACGAGGCCAGUGUGGAGGUUGGGGCUCGCCUGAUCCCAGUGCUGUUCUCCUCUCUGCCGAGACUUCUGCUUUACAGCCGCCUCCGUCCCAGAAGCUGCCAUGCUCCUCAUCCAUCUUGACCCUGUAUUCCCCCACCUUUAAGACAAAACCAGUAUUUACGUAAGCUCCUUGCCUCUCAUGCCUGCCUCAGAAGUUCCCCAUUAAAGGUCCCUCGCUCAUCCCUGCUGAGCAGGAGGGAGAGGAAGGGGGUUGUGGAAUGGGGUGGGGUGGGAGGGUCUGGGCUCUUUUUUUCCCCUGUCCCUCACCAAACAAGCACAGGGCUGGCCAGGGGUGAGGGGUCCAUUCUCAUGCCCUCGCUCCCUCCCUCCUAACCCUGCGGCUUGGCACCUGGUUUGGGUCCUGCAGAGUUGGGCCUCCGGUCCUGGGCCCCGAACCUGUGAAACCUAGCUGUGUGUGGACCUUCCUCCCUCGGGGGGCCUGAACCUUCUCCUUUUCUUCUUUUAGGGGGGUAAUUUCAUUUAUUUUUUUCUCUUCCCUCUAUCUGCCUCUCCCUCCAGUCCCAAAUUCCUGUUUUAAACUGAAUGGCACGAAAUUGUUUUCCUCAACUCGAAGAUUCCUGUAUGGAGAGAAUCAAUUUCUAUA